AUGGAUACUACUAACCCUGUAUUUCCUUAUACUGAUCGUCUUGGCUAUACCAUAGACGUGACCCAAACAACCUCGAUCCCCGUUAACGCAAUUGAUAUACUUGUGAAGAGAGGAGAUCGCAUGAUCAACAUUGACUUCGACACACUGCAACAAAAUGUCGAAUUUGCAAUGACGCCAGUCCUGCGCCAGCCGCUACUUCGCACUUACCGGAACUACGUCUAUGGCAGCAGCCUCUCAAAAAUUGUUUCUUAUCAACCAACAAUACAUGUUCUUCAGUUUCACAAAGAUAAAGAAUACUCUAGUAAAAUCAAUACAGCGGUGCUCCUCAAGAGAGUAAGAGGUCUACCGAUACCCUUUGACGGGCAAGAUCCCAGUGCUGUGGCAAAGUACAAAGACUUUUUCGCAUUAAACGGAUCCCACGUCAUCGUAUCGGCCAGUUAUGGUGCCCGCUAUCUGUUAUCGGGGCUUAUCAUUGGGGUAGACGGUGUGGUGUUCAAACACAGAUCCAGCAGGAACACGAUGUUUACCGCAGACGUCAAAGCUGCCGUCGGCGGCAUUCCAAGUGGCGGGAUCAUAGAUCCCACAGUGAUGGAGGAGGCCCAAUACAAGACUUUUUUAAGAACCUGGCAGUACAACAUCUUGGCCUUGGGCGGUGACAGAAGCAUCGCCAAUAAGCUCACGAGCAACCCCGCGUCCUAUAAGGAAUAUGAGGAGUGGGUAGCUACAACCGGGAAACACCCCAGCUCCUUGCUGAGCCUCAACGUCGAGGAGCUCUGGAAUUUGAUGAAGUUGACGGGCGAUCCCGUGCUCGCGAUCUAUGCGGACCAGCUUUCAGCCGCGUUUAAUCACAUCAUUACGCACCCUAAGGUUUUCAAGACGGCUGUCUCACUUGAAAUCGACACUGAUUGGGGCCGGUUUGACUUGCUGACCCCAAGUGCCCGCCUUUUGCCAGACAGCGAUAGACCUUUUUCCGCCGAAAAGACGAAGCAUUCUGACACAUACGUUGAUUGGCACAAUGGCUCGUGUGGUUACGCGGUACUCUACUUCUUUGUUAUCAACGAUGGGUCCCCGAUCGAUUUCUCCACCUCUCAUGGAGGUGAUUCGGCUCACUAUGCGAAAGUCGUCAUGGAGGGUAAACACUAUGACAAUACUAUCAUAACUGACGACAGGAAUACCGCUUGGUUCUACGGAGCCAAGGUGAAGGAUACCCCGGAACCGACGAGUGCACAAUGA